AUGGCCGCCGAAGGGGACGAAGAGGGGGCCGCGGCGCCCAAGGUGGUCGGGCUGGCGCUCAGCGGCUCCAAAUCCGGCGCGCACGUCCUCCGCUGGGCGCUCGGCAACUUCGCCAAUGCCGACGCCCCUCCCGCCGCCUUCAAGCUCAUCCACGUCCUCACCCCGGUCCUCGCCGUGCCCACGCCACGUACGCCACGCAGCGGCUCUUCACGCCCCGCCGCUCCUUCCUCCUCGUCGCCUCCUCGCGUUCGAGUUUGCUUUCGCCGUAUGCAUGCAUGCUCACCAUCUGUUUGUGUUUGUGCCUGUGCCUGUGUACCUUCAGUGGGGCACCUCCUCCCGAUCGACGAAGUCAGCACCAGCGUCGCCGAAGGCGAGCUCGAGAAAAUGUGGAUCGAGAAGCAGGAAAUGCUGCAGCGCUGCAAAGACACAUGUGACCAAAACAAGGUUGAAGCUCAAGUACUGCUUGUUGAGGGUAAGGAUGUCGCGGAUACCAUUUCCAGUCUUGUUUCUCAGUACCAGAUACAGAGCCUCGUUGUCGGUGACCCUUCCAGCAAGAGCCCAUUCAGGAGGUCCAGUGCAAGUAGGACGGCCUGCAAAAUUUGCAAGAGUCUCCCCAGCUUUUGCACAGCAUAUGUUGUUUCAAAGGAUGGGUUGUCUUCAGUUCAUGCUCCUGUUCCAGAAAGUGGCUCGCCCUCUAGCUCUCCAGCACCAACAGGCAACUCUGGGAGCUCCAGCACCAAAGAAGUUACAGAUGGGACGUCCUCAAGAUCAGAUUUGGAUGGCAGUUCAGCGCCGGGCCUGCCUAGUUUUACUCUGAACGAUUAUCUCACUGGAAAUGCACCAGUAUAUGCCAACAAGGACAGAAGAAUUGCCUCACGCACUGGUGCUGAAAGCUCUAUAUUAAGUCAAUUGCGGGGUUCGGACAAGGUGCCAACAAGUUCACUGCAUGAAUUAAUGCUUUCAGACAACAAGGAUGAUGCCAGUACAGAGCUUGAAAAGCUGAACCUUGAACCAAGUCAUAAUAGGCUGCUGGCAACGGCAUCCAAGGACGCUAAUAGGGAGUCGAGGCUGGAGAAGCCCCUUGUACUUCCAAGCGACUCGUACUCAAUGUUCACUUGGGAAGAGAUUGAUAAUGCUACAGCGUCAUUCUCACUCAAGAUCGGAACUGGGUCUAAUGGAACGGUAUACAAGGGCCAUCUCAAUCACUUGGAUGUAGCGAUAAAGGUCCUUCAUUCUGAUGACAAAUCCAGUACCAAGCAUUUCAACCAAGAGCUUGAGGUUCUGAGCAAGAUACGCCACCCACACUUGCUGAUGCUCCUGGGAGCCUGUCCGGACAGGGGCUGCUUGGUGUACGAGUACAUGGAGAACGGCAGCCUUGCGGAUCGUCUGCAGCGCAGAAAGGGCACACCAUCGAUCCCAUGGUUUGAUCGCUUCCGCAUUGCCUGGGAAAUUGGGUCAGCCCUGGUGUUCCUGCACAGCACAAAGCCCAGCCCAAUCAUCCACCGUGACCUGAAGCCUGAGAACGUCCUCCUCGACCGCAACCUAGUGAGCAAGAUUGGCGAUGUGGGCCUGUCAACCCUGAUGCCACCCAAGGAGACUCUGUCAAACCGCACGGUGUACAAGAAGACGGGCCUGGCAGGCACACUGUUCUACCUGGACCCGGAGUACCAGAGGACCGGGCAGGUGUCGGUGAAGUCGGACACGUACGCGCUCGGCAUGGUGAUCCUUGAGCUGCUGACGGCAAGGUGCCCGAUCGGACUGCCUGAGGUGGUGGAGCGAGCAGUGGAAGAAGGGCAGAUUACCGAUGUCUUGGAUGAGAGCGCGGGGGACUGGCCCGUGAGGGAAGCGCAUGACCUCGCUCAGCUAGGCCUGAAUUGUUUGGAGAUGCGGAGCAGGGACCGGCCUGACCUCAACAGCGUGGUGCUGGAGGAGCUGGGACGGCUGAAGCGUAUCGCGGCCAGCGUGUCGGGGGUGGCACUGCCAGGGUCACCCAGUCACUUCAAGUGCCCAAUACUCAAGACGGUGAUGUAUGACCCGUGCAUCGCGUCGGACGGGUACACGUACGAGCGCAGCGCGAUGGAGAUGUGGCUGUGCGACGAGGACGUGUCGCCGGUGACCAAGGCGCGGCUGUGUGACAAGACGCUGUUGCCUAACCUGUCUCUCAAGAGCGCCAUCAUGAGGUGGGUGGCCGAGGGGGGGAGGCCCGUGAAGGAGUAA